CUUCCCUUUCGGAGACAAACUACAAAUAGGAAAUAUCUUCUAAACCAAGUGUGUUUACGGUACUCCAAUGGCGUCGCAUACCUUACACACCAUACCUGUGUCCAAGUCUCACAUCAACAAAGGCGAAGCGGACAAAAUGUCAGAAUUUUUAAUAAGACAAAAGCCCUGCAACGAAGAGAAUCAUCGUCGAUGCGAGACUAGCUGUGGCCGAGGCCCUGUGUGCCGACAGACACGGUCAUCUCCCUGUACUUAGAGAACGGACACCGGCCAGGGCCACCCCGGUCGCCGCGAUGCGCCGUUUCGCCGUGUGUUGAGGGUCAUACAAGAGAGAUGGUCGCCAAAAGACGGGCUGUUCGCUGUGUGGACGUUGACCUUUGAAGCUUGGGUCCUUGGGGCCUCGUGUUCGUUGCAACCGG